UCAGCCCGGUGAUGGGUAAUUUAAUACUUAUUAUUCAAAACUCCGGUGAUUUGGGGUAGAUGAAUAAUUGAAAUUUUCUUCUUUCUUUUCUUUAUUUUACAAUUAGGAUGGAAGACGACUGGAAUGCAACAAAUGCCUCUCCAGAUCCAAAGCUAAUCGCUUUCCAAAAGAAAAUGGAAAAUUUACAACUAAAAAACGGUCCAGGUUUCUUCAUUUCAUCAAAACAAAAAAAGAAAACUAAUCAAGAUUAUAACAAUCAUUUUAAACCAGUUUCACCAAGUUCAGUAUUUAGAAAAUGUUAUCUGAUUUUGUCGAUCUUCGCCUCUAAAUACACUAAUUACUAUGGUCAUGUUUGGAGACCAGAGUUAGUAUCACCAGAUUAUGAUAUAUGUGGCACCCCAAAAGAGAUGAACAAAUUCACGAAGUUAACAGUCACAGCAAACCACCCGGACAAAUUACAAACUGCUCACCAAAACUUAUUAUAUUACACUAGAAAACUAAAUUACCAGAACAGUAGAAACUCAACAAAAAUCAAUCUUAUCGAUUUACCAGAAAAACAUUGUUCCCUAUGCUUCCGCUUUAACCACACUAAGAUAAAUUGUGAAUACUGCUCAUACUGUAGUGAACCUGGUCACUUCAGAAAAAAUUGUCCUGAAUUACCUUUUAAAACUGAUCAACAAGUAAAUAUAAAUACCGUGGUACAAUCUAGACCAACAAAAUAUUCCUAUGCACGAGAACAACGACGAGUUAGAAGAAGAAAAUUAAGGGAAGCAUAUGGAGGUAAACCUUUUUGGAAAAACCUAAAUAAUCCAAUACCAGAACAUUUAGAAAAAUAUGUUCCGAUUGGCCCGAAAAAUAAUAAAAAAGAAACAUUAUCCCUUGACAUCGAAGGUGAUGGAAAUAAUGGUGUAGGAAGCGUUCAUUUAUCAGGAUGGUUUGGAAAUGUAAUUAGAAUACAAACAGUAUAUUAUGCUCAGGUAAAAAACACUACAAUAUCAAACCCAAAUACUCGAAUCACUGGACUACAAAUCAAUGAUUUAGCAACAGGAUUAAGCCUGGACGAGAUAUGUCAACAAGUACGAGAAUUAGCCAUCGGAAGAAGAUUAUUAACACAAGGGAAAGACGAUUUGAAUAAACUCGAGUUAACGACAUCUAAACUAAAAGCAUCGUUCAUCCAACACGUUGACUUACAAGAUCUAUGGCCUGGACAGCAACCAAUAGGAUUAGUUUCAUUAGAUAAAUUUUUAUUCUUUAAUCAUCAAAAAUUACGUAGAGAUGAUGAUAAACAUGUAACCAUUGGACAUUCUCCUGAGAGAGAUUCUCGAGUCACUCUUAAAGCGUACAUCGAAUUACAAAAGAUGAAAGAUAAAAACAUUCCUGUCCCCACAGCUGAAGUCGUUCGAGAUAUGGUAAAAAUGGGACAAAAUAUUCAUCACUGGCUCCAAUUGCAUUCAAAUAAUCCGAUCGAAAUAAUCACUCUAGACUGAUACGUCUGUCAACCUUAACUGUAUUAACUCUGUAUUUUAAUAUCGUUUAUAUUUUUUUAUAUACUUUGUAAAUAAUGUCCGGUGAUGGAUAAUAUUAUAUAUUAAUUAAUUUCCUAAUAAUUGUAAAUCAACGAGGACGUUGAUACUUUUCUAUGUACCCCCGAAGAACUGUAACCAAACUGGUUACACCACCAGUUUCUUUGUUCAACCAGGUACCACCUCUCACGUGGUACCUGGUUAUCCUUAUUGGAUAAUUUUUGAAGAAGAAGAUGAGGGUGAGGGAGAAGAUAUUCUCCCUCACCACCAAUAUAAUGACUGAUUUUUCGGCCAUUUUUGACAUGGCGACCAGGGGUAUAGUUACCCACAGUGCUAAUAAAUAAAUUGUUCUUUUUUUAAAGUGUUUGUUACAACAAUUGGCACCCUUACGGGGAUCACUUUUUACAUUGUUUUAUUUUUCUUAUAAGAGUAAAUUUAAUUAAAUUAAGUUGUAAUUUGUUAAUAAUCUGUGCACCUAUGUAAAGGUUUUCAUGUGCCUACAUUAAAUAGAGUGCUCAAUUAAACCUUUUUGUUAAGGUUAAUUUAAGGACUGAUUUUUCGGCCAUUUUUGACAUGGCGACCAGGGGUAUAGUUACCCACAGUGCUAAUAAAUAAAUUGUUCUUUUUUUAAAGUGUUUGUUACACUAACUUAAUUUUGAGAGUUCUUUUUUGGCUAUUUUUUAGUUUGUUUAUCAUGGGAAAAUUUGGUUGUGGACCGAUGUAGAAAAGUUAAAUAUCACAUUGGGAAGUAAACUGUUAACAAUCUUUUCUCAAGCAUGAGUGCAUCAACAACUAUUUUUCAAUUCUUUUUUUCUCUUUUAAGGAUCUUCACUUUCAGUGCUUUCAAAGACUGGUCUUUUAUCUCUGAAAAAGAAAACCAAUUUAUAGCGGAUUGAUAUUAUUAAAUUUUUCCCUAACUUGGAAAUGCAUCUCGCACGAACUUGAGCUAUUUACUUUUCUUUGCUCGUAAAGUUGGCUCAUUCAAAGGUUUACUGUUUCUGUUAUCAACGAAAAAAGUUUCUCGAUGCCCAAAGUUGAAAAGUUAGCACUAGAUAGUUAGUUAACUUACUUUACUUAGUUAAUCUGCCUCUUGCUAACCAGUUUAAACAAUUAUAUCUCAAGAAAGCCCAUGCUGGUUUAUUGAAAGAUUUACUCAUCUAUUGCGAGCUCGAAGCACUUCAUGUGACUGUAAACGAUAUUUUUGCGAAUCAAUUUUCUGCUUAAAUAACCAUAUCCUUGUGACUUGAAACAUUUAUGUAAAAUUGUAUAUUAAUCAACAUCAUCUAAAUUAAUUGAAGUUAUUAAAUGAAAUUAGAGCUAAAUUAAAAUAAUUCUUACCGUUAGUAAAAGCCGCAAAAAAAUCGGGAAAUCAAGUCAAUUUGUUUACAGGGAGAAUCAAUUCACUUUUAAUGGGAGAAUUAAAAGUACUGUGACUCUUCACUCUAUGAUACUCAGUAAUACUAAGAUAAAAAUUUUAUCGUAAAACUAAUUGUGGUUUUAAUAAUUCAUCGCACCAAAUAUGAUAUAAUAGAUUACAAUAGAUUAAGGCCCGUAUUCACCAGCCGUAAUUAAAUUUGAGUCUAGAUUUGAAUCAGCCUAUCACAGCUUUUGUGUUUCACCAACCAUGAUCAAGUCUUGAUCUCGGAAGUCUUGAUCAAAAUUUAAUCUUGGUAAUUACCACGAUUGACUUCUGAUUAUGACUUUUUUCCUCAUUUUUUCGUUCUUGCUCAUUUUUUUUUAAUUUUUUUACAUAAAUUGAUAAAUAUCGUUAUGUCCUAUUAUUUUUCUACAAUUUUCUCUAGCAUAAAAAUCAACUUAUCGGACUUGGUGAAACAACUCUUGAGUCUAAACUCAGAAUCGAUCUGAUCUAAGGAUUAGUUGAUCACAGCUUUUAAUUACGGUUGUUGAAUAUGGGCCUAAGAAUGAAAAAUGUAUACAAUUUCUAUACAAAUGCAUGAUACUUUUGUUCACAUCUUAGCCAAAUUGCUUUUCGAGAAUAAGUUACUCUUUGUCUUCAAGUAAACAAAUUUUUUACGCUCGAACAUGAAAGUGCUGGAUCCAAAAGGAUUGAUCUGAGUCGAGCAUCAGCUGGAAUUUAUUCCGCUCUCAUUGCUUGACUACGAUUCUAAUGGGUAAAAAUGAGAGAAAAAAGCAAGAAGAAGCGGUAAUGUUAAUUAGAUGUUUCUAAUUGACCAAUGAUCAUGAUCAGAAUCGGUAAUCUACUUACCAAAAGAUCGACGUCUUCCUGUCUCUUGUUAUUCAAUCUCAUGACUUCGUCUACGAUAUGAAAGUAAAGUUGUUGUAAUUCAUCUCGAUACUUUAUCAAAUAUGCAAAUGAAAUAAAAACCAUAACAUUGGAUUGAAGUUGCGAUUCUAUGUCUAUUCGCUAAAUAACCGAUUGGAUUGCUGCAUUUUGUCUUUAUGAAAUUCCAACAAAUGUUUAUAAAAGUUUUUUUACUAGAAUGAACACCAUCACAAUAGCAACAAGGAACUUUAUAAAAAAAGGGAAAAGAUGGUUGAUAAUAUUUUGUCUGGAAAACCACUUUUCGGAGAAAUAACAUUUGGAGUGGAAUUUACAUUGGAAUUUUGCUCGUUAAGGGACUUUUUAGAUAAAUUUCUCUAAACAUAUAUUUACAUCAUUCUUCGAUACCAGAAAGGAAAUUUGUUCGAAAUUGCAUAAUACUCGCAUCGGUA